AUGUCCACCCCCACGAGAGUCAAGCAAGAAGAAACACCUGCCGCUGUCAAACAAGAAGAAACUCCUGCCAAGGAUACAACCACCAGCAUUUCUUCACCCUGUCCAUCAUCAUCCACCCUCAAGAGUCCAGGAGGAGGACGAGGUCCCAAGUGCGAUGUGUGUGGAUUCCGAGAUGGUCGCCAUGGAAUGAAAAUGGUCUCGUGCACGGAAUGCAAGGUACAUGUCCACCGUGAUUGUUAUGGGAUGCCAACGUAUAUCAAGGACGAAUUUGUUUGCUGGGCGUGUCAAGCCGUGGGCAAGUCCUUUUAUGUCCAUCACAGAGACAACAACACCCAUCAACGCGUCAAAUUACAAGUCACACAGACGGAACGACCCCAAAUUUGUGACUUGUGCGGGCAUCAAGACGACGACAUGCACGCCAUGCAUCCGGUCUACGACACCUAUGGACCUCGGGCGCGACAGUUGCAUGUGCCAAUAACAAACGACAACAAUGAUGACACGACAAAGAGACGAUUGGUUUGGGCACACACCAUUUGUGGCUUUUUCCUCUGCACCCAAAACUGCAUGUAUGCCGUCUCACAAGAAGGAACCACCCAUGAAGGAUUAGAAGAUAAUCCCAAAGACGAUCGGUCCAUUAACCCAGAACUACAGUUGGAGGAUGAUGAUGACGACGAAGAUGAAGAAAACGACCUCUACGAUGGUUUUGCUCCGUCCCAUCAUUUUGUCUACUACGUCCCAAAGGACGCAAAUGGUGUCGUUCAACACACAUCGCGGAGCCGAGAAAUUAACAGACGACAACAAUUGAAAUGCGAAAUAUGCAACCAGGACGAUACAGCCGACCAUGUAUAUCGCAUUCCCGUCCAAUGCUCGGCGGGGGAACGGACCGAACCACGAGAGCAUCGUGUCAAACACUCCGAUCUACAAUUGGACAAGAAUGAAAGUUGUACCCAUGCCUUUCACGUGGGAUGUGCCCGAUUUACCAUGCCGCAGGAGCACAAACGAGUAUUAUACUUUCCUGGUCUGCCAGACGACAGUACGGCCAAACCGGUGCGAUGCAUCUACUGCCCGGUCCAUGCCAAAGAUAUCAACAAGAAGGAACAUGGAAGACGGCUGCAACAACAAGAUGAUCAACUCCAAGCCCACAAGGCCAAACGGAAAUUGGCCAUGGCGCAAAAAUAUGGUAGAGCAUUGACCUUGUCGUCUCCCACGAAACGGAUCAAGACGGGGGAGGAUGAUUCCUCGUUGCCAGCUUUGGAACGUGUCAAGAGGGAUCUCGAGGCAAGAGUUAUCCACAUUCGGAAAGAGCAAGGCAAGGCAUGGAUCCAGGAACAAAAGAAAUUAUGGUCCAAGCGACUAUCCAAGGAGGAGCUGAAAGCUGUGUGGAAGCAUGCCAAAGAACAUGCCUAUAAAGUUUGGGAGAAGCACAAUGGUAGUUAA